ACAAACUACGGAACUAUAAUUUGUCCUAAAAAAUUGUGGGAGAGGAACAGAGAAGAGGAAAAAAGUGAAAGCCAACGCAGCUAUAAAAAAAACCCCGAUUCGGUUGCUGAUCAGGCACCCAUCGGAGUUGCUGCAUUCACAUAGAACCGCCAUUACAGCAAGACCACAACCUAACCACCGCCGCCGCCGCCAUGAGAGCAAGAGAGUAUUAGCGGCAACGUAAUUUCCCUGAAGAAUGGGGAGCUCUAACGCGGGGGUUACGGACGACUCCGCCACCAUCUCCGACGGCUCCACCACCGAGACAGACAUCGACAUCAGAGAUUCCGUAGAUUCCCUUUCUUCUCCCGAUUCAAGUCCCUUCUCUGAAGGCGAGAAGGUCCUCGCCUACCAUAAACUCAAAAUUUACGAAGCCAAGGUGCAAAAAGUUGAAUUUCGAAUGAAGGAAUGGAGAUACUUCGUUCAUUAUCCUGGGUGGAACAAAAAUUGGGAUGAAUGGGUAGGCAUGGAUCGUCUGAUGAAAUUUACUGAAGAUAAUGUCCAGAAACAACAGGAGCUCAAUGAGAAACGGAACACAGAGAAGAUCACAAAGAGCGGGCGCGCAUCACAGAUUAAACCAAGAAAUUCUACUGUGGCAAGAGGGAAGAAGCGGAAGAAUGACUCUGUUACUAAGGAGAAAGGCAGUGUGCCACCGGAAAAGCUAGUCAACAUCCAUAUUCCAUCAACAUUAAAGAAGCAAUUAGUUGAUGAUUGUGAGUUUAUUACUCAUCUGGGCAAGCUUGUAAAACUUCCGCGUAGUCCCAAUGUUGAUGAGAUAUUGAGCAAGUAUCUUGCUUACAGGUUGAAGAAGGAUGACACGAUAGCUGAUUCAGUUCAAGAAAUUCUUAACGGGUUGCGUUGUUACUUCAACAAAGCGAUGCCAGUUAUGCUUCUAUACCAAAGUGAACGCCAGCAAUACCAAGAAGUAAUUGCAGAUGAUGUCUCUCCUUCAAAUGUAUAUGGUGCUGAACAUCUGUUACGGCUUUUUGUAAAGUUGCCAGAGAUGCUAUAUUAUGCCAACAUUGAAGAGGAGACAUUGAAGGAGUUGCAGCAGAAACUACUAGAUUUUCUGAAAUUCAUGCAGAAGAAUCAAAGUGCCUUCUUCCUAUCUGCUUACCAGACACCGGCAGGUUUUGAUGCAAGCUCUAAGAAACAAGUGGCCUUGCAGUGUGUAGGGGAAGAGAAGAUGCAAACCUACCAUGAGUCAAGUAGUGGAAAGGCUUCUACACCAUGGUGCAGGUGAUUCUUAGCAAAAGGCUGUAAUGAAUAAAACAUUUCCAAGAGAACAUAACGAAGAAAUUGAAGCUUCUCUAAAUGUAACAGACAACAAUUGUCACUUCCAAGCAUUGUAAAAUUGGUGAUGAGAUGAGGUUACUAGUUACCUACUGUAGCACUAUGUACUUCUUGUUAUGAUAGAAUUAUAUUUGACUCUAUGAUUAUCUUGAUUGGGAACCUUCUUAGUCGA